UGAAAAAAUUAACGGGGUUUUCAUAUAAAAAGGUGAAUUUGGCUCCAUUUCAACAGUCACAAAAUAACGCAACAUUUGACAGCUGGAAAUUCCCAAAAUUUGCUGUAAUUUAAAAAUAUUUCAUUUUAAAGAACACUAAACUAAAUCGGAAAAUCAAAAACAUGAAAUUCACAACACUUUUCGCAUUCGUUGUACUUUUGUUGGCGCACGCUUUGGUCACGAGCGCCGCACCACCAGCUGAACCGCAGGUGGAAAUCGUACGCCAGGAUGUCAAUGUGGCGCCAGAAAGCUACAAAUACGGUUUCGAGACAAGCGAUGGCACACAACACGAUGAGGAGGGUCAGCUGAAAAAUGUCGGAACCGACGAUGAGGCAAUCGUUGUGGAGGGUUCCUACAAAUAUGUUGGCGACGAUGGUGUCACCUAUCACGUAAGCUACACAGCCGAUGAGUAUGGCUUCCAGCCGGUGGGCGAACAUUUGCCGAAAGCUUAAGAGCCCCACUGUUGAUAUCUAAAAUUUAUUUUUAUACCUUUUUACUAUUGUUGGCUGAGCAUGCAGAAAAAAUUACAAAAAAAAUUCUAAAAACUAUUUUAAAAUAUUUUGAAAUAAAAGUCACGUUUUUUGACACUGACUGAGACCGUUACAAUUUUUUUAUUUAUAUAUUUAAUAAGUUUUUUUUCACACACACAUAACAUCUUCUACUAACUUGUACGCAUUUACAACAUCUCCAUCCAGUAAGUGUUUCAUUCAUAAUGUCGAAUAUGAAUGCACAACUUAACUUGAACCGUUAUAUUUAUUAAUGAGUUUUACUAUGAUUUCGUUCCGUGCCGUAUACCUUAAUGUGAAUGCCAUCA